AUGUCCGUUCAACCAAUGGUGAUGCGCCGACUGAUGCGUGAGCUCACCGAGCUCAAGAAAUCUCCCCCCGAAGGAAUUCGUGUGCAAACAAGCGAAGAUAAUAUGUUAGAUGUGACCGGAAUUAUAGAAGGACCAGAGGGUACGCCGUACGCUGACGGCUACUUCAAAGUCAAGUUUCAGUUCACCGAGGAAUUCCCUGCUGCGCCGCCAAAAUGUUGGUUCGCCACCAAGAUAUUCCACCCUAACGUCUCCACCGCCGGGGAGAUCUGUGUUAACACGCUCAAGAAGGACUGGAAAUCUGAAUACGGCAUUGGUCACAUUUUGCUGACCGUGAAAUGUCUACUUAUAUAUCCCAACCCUGAAUCAGCCUUGGACGAAGAAGCAGGCAAGCUCCUACUAGAAGACUACAAGAGCUACUGUAAUCGUGCUAAGCUGAUUACAAGUGUUCAUGCACGAGCGAAGCCUGUUGAGUUCAACGAUGCGUCAAGCAAAGAUACAUCCGCGAAUCCUGUCGCGUCUUCGUCAACACUGCCUACAUCUGUCAUUACCCCGCUUCCCACAGGCCCUAUAUUCUCGCUCCCCCUCGCAGUGGCACCGAUUGCUCGCAAGUCUUCACCGGCACCGCCGACACAUAACGAGUCGCAAAAUGCUCGUAAAUCCCUAGGCCCCGAUAAGGAUGGCUCGAAGGACAAGGAGCGACAUGUAUCACCCUCGCCACUGAGCACAGCAGACGCGAACGUAGUUGGUGGAGCCGCAGCGGCUGUAAAAUCUUCUUCGGCUACCCCCGGUGAAGCUGCUCUUCCCUCACACACUAAAGCUGUCAAGCGGGCUGCUGCAUCUUCUGCUGCCACCGGUGCGGAGAAGCGCAAAAAGGCUCUCAAGAGGUUGUGA